CUCUUCUUAGGACUCCUAGGGCGCCUUCCUCCAGAUGUGUCCGGAGUGGCUCAAUGGGCUUUCUUUCCCAAAGGGGUCUAAACUGGAGGGAGCAGGUCAAAGGUCUGCGGCUGCCUCCCUCUCUCUUUGGCCGCCCCUCCCGCCGGGAUCUGUUUCCACUGGUCGCUCCUUCCCCACGUGGAGUGGGAGGGGGAGAGAGAGAGAGAGAGAGGGAGGCUGGAGGGAGAAGGAGAAGGAGAAGGAGAAGGGGGGAAAGCCAGCCCCGCGCCUCUCUGGUUUCUUCUCCCUCCCAGCCGGCUUCUGCCGCAUUCGCUUCUGAUCGGACUUGCAGAGGAGCCGCCGCCGAGUGCCACCUCCCUAACCCCGCCAUGGCCACCCCUGCCACCACCCACGACGAUACCAACAGUCAUAUGGACCCCUUCACCUAUGACUAUGACACAUUGCGCACAGUGGGGAUGAUCCUGGCCAUCAUCAUGUUUGUGCUGGGAAUCUUGAUAGCACUGAGUAAAAAAUUCAAGUGCAAAAAAUCUGACCCCAGCCUGUCGGAUCCCAGGGCAGCAGGCAAGACUUCCACUCCAGCUGGCAGCGCAUAGAUGCCGUCUCCAAGAUGUGCUACUCCCGACUGGCUGGGGGAUGAACUGCGCCCAGGAACAUUUGUCCUGAGACCUUGGCACCUUGGCACUGACAGCCCGGGAGGGGGAGGGGGCUCUCCGUUCUAUCCUCAACAAGGGAGGGGCAAUUUUUUAACCAGUUAGCUCUUGCGCUUCCAUUGCAUGAUGGGAGCAAGCACCUGGGCAGGGCUGGGGCGCUGCUCUGGUGAUCUAGUAGCGUGGCGGUCUUUUCUGCCAGUCAGUUUCCCAGCUGGCUCCCACUCUGCUGGGGGGCUGGUUCCUAUGACCCACCUCCCGCAAAGGCCCCUACAAUUGCAAUAAUGCUGCCUGCUGCUGCCGUCGCUACCCUCUCUAGAGAACAUCCACAGGAAAAGAAAACGCCCCUUGCUGUAGGGCGCAAUAACCUUCCAUUGCGCUUGCUGCUUUGCUUUCUCUGCCUCAUGCUUUGCUGCAAAGUCCAAUGACCAUCACAAUCACAAGGAGAAAGAGCUCCAUUGGCCCUUGGCUUUUAAAAACCAGAAAUACCAAUGAUAUACAGGGUGGAUGAGCAAGGGGUUCAGCCAUCCCCGGAUCCAAGACUAGGGCUGGCCUGGGAAUGAGAAUUAACAGGGGUGGAGUUACUUCUGUGGCAUACUUUCUGCUUCCCUGUGGAGGGCAGGGGGGCUCUCCACAGCUGCUUCUCGCUUGUACCAUUCACUUCUCUGUGUCUCAUAAACGCAUGGAGCCAAAUUUGAUCAAUCAAUAAAUAUGGGUUUUUUUCUAACUGA